AUGGAAUGCAGCGGCAUCCUCUAUGACGAAACUGGCUCUGCUGAAAAUAUCCACAUUGUUGUUCCACUUGACAAUGAUGAUGGCAUAUUCUCCUCCAAGGAUAUGCUGAAAUCCUUGCCAACCCUCCAGAAGCGUAUCAAUGCUGUACUGACAGCCAAAAUUGGAGACGACUGUGUUGUGGAGCCCACGGAUGAGCAAAACGAAGACCAGGAAUAA